AUGGCCAAUCCCAUUUCCUCUCUCCAAGGUGGCAUCCUUAACAAUGUUGCAAAGUUGAAGACGGCGCGCACUGCCCGUGUUUCCAGCUGGGAUCACAGUGGUCUCAACGAAGAUGCUUGGGUCAUUCAGCCAGGUGAGACGGCUGUCUUGGCAGAUCUCGAGGGCCCUGGUACUAUCACCCACUUGUGGUUUGUCCAGACUUGCCGCCGCAUCGUGGGACCUGGUCUCAUCCCAUACUCCAAGUCGGGUGUUGCCAUGAUGGAGGUGCACAACGCUCUCGGCCUCAACUAUGAAGUCAGUGAUCCGGAUUACUACCGGAAAGUUAUUAUCAAGAUGUACUGGGACGAUUCCGAGACCCCAAACGUCCUAGCCCCCAUCGGCGAUUUCUUCUGCCUUGGCCACUCCAUGGCAGCCAACUUCCAAUCACUCCCCUUCACGGUUUCUGUCAAGCCGUCUGAAGAAAAGAAGUUUGGUGGUGCUGCUGCUUUCAACUGUUAUCUGCCAAUGCCCUUCAACAAGCGGGCUCGCAUCGAAAUCGAGAAUCAGAACGAUGAGGCCUACUUCCAAUACUUCUAUAUAGACUACGAGCUUUUCCCCGAGCCUCUGGGUAAGGAUACACUCUACUUUCAUUCACACUGGCGACGUGAGAAUCCUACCAACGGCUGGGCUCCGGAAAGCAUUCAGACCAACAGCCUGGAGACUCAGGUUCCGAAUCUUGACGGCAAAGGCAACUAUGUCAUCCUGGAGACGGAGGGUGCUGGGCAAUACAUAGGCUGCAACCACAGUGUUGCCCACUUCCAGGGAACCUGGUGGGGUGAGGGCGACGACAUGAUCUUCAUCGACGACGACACCUGGCCCCCGUCAAUGCACGGUACUGGCGGCGAAGACUAUUUCACCCAAGGCUGGGGCAUGCAGAAGAAUUCUUACCCUUUCUGUGGCACUAUAAUCCACGAGGAGGAUGUUCCCAACCACCAGGUCAGCUAUCGAUGGCACCUUGCGGAUCCCGUCCGUUUCAGCAAGAAGAUUCGUGUCACAAUGGAGUCUGGGCACGCGAACCAUCUUCGGGAUGACUGGUCCACGACCGCGUACUGGUACCAGACUUUACCAGGACCCAAGCUAUCUAUUCAGCCAGUGGAAGAGCGAAUCCCCCGCAAGCCAGACUUUCCAGCUGGCAAGCGCCCGGAACCGCCUAACACGGAAUCUCUGGACCCGAAGAGAAAGGCUAUGAUUCAGCAACACCAGGACCGAAUGGAGGCUUUUGUGCAAGACAGGAACCAGUGGCUUGAAAGAAGGGCCAAGGCUACUCAGGAUCGUUCAAAGAAGAACAUCGAGCAUGCAAAGGACAUUCGCACACGCUUCUAUGAAAGUGUUAAAGGGGAUAAUAUGUAA